AUGUUGCAUCUGCGGACACGACAGAAGUUAGGUCUACCAACCUCGAAUUCUCAUCCAGAAAAGAAGUUGAAAAGUGAACGAAGAUGCCUAACAUGGAUCAAUGUUGCUCUCGGUGCACUUAUACCGUUGAUGAUAGAAGUCUCAACAAUAGUAGUCUCUGCCGUAAACCAAAGCAUUCAGGACAAGCAAAGACAACAAGAUCAACAUUUGGCUUAUUUGAGGAGACUGCAAGAUCAGCAACUAGCUGAUGAGCUUUACUAUCAAGGUGUGUUCAAAACAUAUGUAGAAGAUAUUUCAAAUGUCUUUUUCAAAUUAAAUAACACAUUUAUUGAUAAUCAAAAGAAAAUGAAAUACAUUCGUAUAAAAACAUUAAUAGCUUUGGAAGAACUGGAUUGGCAAGGUAAAUCGCGCCUGUUUCUUUUUCUUAAUGAGACUGGCCUUCUUUCUCCUUUCCCGUUAUCCUAUGGAGACAAUAAUGUAACAAAUGUGUCACUCGAUUUAUCAGAUGCAAAUUUUGUGAACAUAUCGAUUAAAAGCACACCGCACAAAAAGUUUCAUUUCAAUAAUUUACGUUUGUCAUCAGUGGACUUUACAAACGCAUCAUUCAUCGGGUGUCAAUUCAAUCAAGGUGUUGAUUUCCGUAAUUCAUCUAUGUUUGGUGCAAAUUUUACACAAUCGAAAUUUGAAUGCAGUCAAAGUUAUGUUGCAAAUAGUGAUUCUUUUGGACAUAUACAUGUAAAAUUCGAUGAUUCAAAUUUGGAAAGAAGUGACUUCAGUGAUUCGUAUAUGUGUGAUGUCAGUUUCGUUCGAGCGAACUUGGCUCAUAGUACUUUUAAAGGAAUAAGAUUUCAGGGUUUAAUAGAGUUUCGGAGCACAAAUUUAACAUUAGUAAAUCGGGAUUUCUCUCUUAGCGAUGCGAGCCUUUCUAUGCCGCUGCCUUUAACUUUCUCUAACAUCGAUUUUCGUACAAUCCCGCUAAGUAUUUCAUCAUCAAACAAUCAUCUUGUUAAGCUGAGCAAUGUUAUUCUUUACGAUGGAACCUGGGUGCUAAAUGACAGCAGUUUGGUUCUGAAUGGAGAUGCAGAAAUGGGUUGUAUGAAUUUGGGCGACAAACGUCUGCUGAUGAACUGGAAACCAUUACCAACAAUCGCUUAUUUUCCAACACUGAGUAAUUAUCCACAAUCGGAGAAUGCAUCCUAUGGGAACUGUUCCUUUAAUUUUACAACCAUUGAAGAUAAGAAAGUUCGUAUGCAUCAAGAUGUCAAUGUCGAUGAAUAUAUUGUGUUCCUUGACACUAAUGAAUCUGAAUACGAAAUUGCAGCAGACAUGCGCUGCAUAAAUGAAGAUGUUUUCAUCGGAGUAACCUUUUACAGCGUGACAAUGACAUAUCUUCUUUCUUCAAGAAAGAAUUCGCCCUAG